AUGGCAUCUUCAAACCACUAUCAGCUUCAAGGUGCUGAAUUAGGCAAGCAAAUGGCUUCUCGAUUCCUAGGUGAGAAGUUCCUCGAGUCGGUUCAAGCGAAACUGAAAGACGACAUCUUCACCCAAACCAGCAUGGAAUACAUUUACGAUCCUUGUUUCACUGGCUAUGCACGACCCGGUCUCGAAUUCCGCGAAAGGGCGUUGAUGAACAUCGCAAUGCUCAUUGCGUUGAACCGUGAAGCCGAAUUAAGGAUUCAUAUACGAGCCGCCGUCAAUAAUAAUCUGACAGAGGAGACGAUUUGUGAAGCGUGUCGCCACGCCAUGGUUUACUGCGGGGUGCCGGCCGGACGUACGGCCAUGAUUGUUGCAAGCGAAGUCUUUGCCCAGUUGAAGGAGUCUGGGGAGUAUCCUAGGAAGGCCUGA